UACGGCUGCUUCUUCUUCCAAAUUGGUUGUAAACAAUAAACACGCGGAAAUAAAUGUAAAAUGGAGACCAGUAAGAAAUCAAAGAAGUCAAAGAACGCAAAGAAAUCGAAGGAACCCAAAGACUCGACCCUAACAAUGAAGCUGACGGCACUCAAUCGUAAGCGAAAGGAAGUCAUACGCGUUCUUGCCCUAAAACACGAAAUCCUACUCAAAUCGGGAGUUUCCUACUUGGAGUACCUAGAGCUGCGUGCCGAGAUGGAGCGAUUGAAUGGACUCAAGGAUAAUUUUACGCGACGCGUUGACAAAUUGAAACAACAAGCAAAAUAGUUUAAAAAUUCAUUGUAGUCUUUGUAAUUGUUAAACUUAAAGUAGGAUCUAUACGAAUUAUAAGGAACAUUUGAUAAUUGUCAGAUA